AUCAAUGCCCUCGCUGUCACCACCUCCGGUCGACAAGCCAUCGGAUGCCACAACUGCACAAACCACUGAAGCAGAGACCAAACCUCAUGCUCAGCCUGACAGCGAUGAACCCAUCAAUUCUCUGGAUCCACAACCUAUCGACGAAUCAAAGCCCAAAUCAAACCUCGACCUCGUCAACGAAUGCGACAGUUUCCCCUACUUCCAAUCAACUCCUCAACUUUAUCUCAACCACGUCUCAACUUAUUACCAUUUACGAGUCGCCGCAUAUCCAGAAAUCACUCUCGGCUAUGUCCUGCCUUCUGUCGCUGAAGUUCUGCGUGGUCUCGAAGAAUGGGAGUUGGAUGAUGAUGAGCGAACCUUGACUCUGAAAGCCGGUGACGAUGAGCCCACCCGUAGCGCUAUCCUCGCCAGAACUACAGCAGCCAUGCGCGAGAUUGGCCAUUUCUCCAUCCUCAAAGGCUGGCGCAAUGAGCUCUAUCCGGUCUAUGGCCCUGCUCCCGCCAGAGAUUUGCUUUUCAGUAUUGAGCGUGCCGCCAGCGCGCUCUUCGGCAUUGUCACUUACGGCAUUCACAUGACUGCUUACACAAAGUCUGAAUCUGGUGAACUGAAAAUUUGGACACCACGUCGCUCAAAGACCAAGUCAACCUACCCCGGCAUGCUUGACAACACAGUCGCAGGUGGCAUGGCUACAGGAGAGAACCCUCAGAUCUGCUGCGUGCGCGAAGCCAGCGAAGAAGCUUCGUUGCCAGAAGAUCUGGUUCGUGAAAAGGCACAUUCAGCAGGCACAGUCACAUACUUCCAUAUCAGAGACUCGCGUGCCGGAGGAGAAACACGACUGUUGCAACCGGAAUGUCAAUACAUCUUCGACCUCGAGGUGCCCAGCGACGUAGAGCCAAAGCCAUCCGACGACGAGGUUGAGGAAUUCUACUUGAUGGGUGUAGAUGAGCUGAAGGAAAAACUCAAGGCUGGCGAGUUCAAGCCGAACUGUGCUGUUGUCUUGCUUGACUUCUUCAUCCGUCACGGUGUAUUGAACGCUCAGAAUGAGCCGGACUUCAUCGAGAUCGUGAGCAGGUUGCAUCGCAAGUUGGAUUUCCCUACCGCCUGAAGUCAGAGACAUGGCAUAAUUAGUUAGAUGAACAGAUGGCUGGUCCAGAUGCUCAAUCCUGUUUUCUUCAGUCGU